UUGCACUUAAUAUCUAGUACUAACUACUUUCCUUACUUAUUCUUCCUACUACUCCUUUCCUUAUAUCACUCAUGUCACCUUAUUAUCACUUCCUUACUCUCUUUUACUCUCUUACCUUAUUACUACUCAUAUUGCUUCCUUACCCUAUCAUUAUUUAUAUUACCCUGUUAUCACUCUUAUUACUUACCUUAUUAUCACUUCCUUACUCUCUUUUACUCUCUUACCUUAUCACUACUCAUAUCACUUUCUUACCCUCUUAUUCCCUACCCCUAUCACUACUCACAUUACCUUAUUAUCACCUUAUUAUCUCUUACUCCCUAUCUUUACUUAUUCCCUCCCCUUACCAUCUCUUAUACUUACCUAUUAUUCUUAUUUAAUCUCUUACCGUAUCAUCUCUUCCUACUUCUUUCCUCACCAUAUACCCACCCCCUUCUUAUCACCACCUUAUUCCUCCCCGACCUCGCUUCUGUCUUUCCUUUCUCACUCUCCUUACUUAUCACCUAG